AUGAAGACCGCGUCUCUCAUCGCCGGUCUUGCGGCAGGCGUUGCCUUUGGUCAUCCUGGUAUGGAUAUCAAGAAACUGAUGGCCGAUGCCGUGCUUCAUACCCGUCAGAUAGGCGGUGGUUUUGGUGGCGGCGGUAACAUUGGCGGCGGCGGCCCUUCUACGGAGCUGAUUGGCGAUCUCGUUGGGCUCCGGGAGCGCGAACUUACCGCUACCGGAUCGGCGAUCAGAGAUAUCUUGAUCGCUGAGGCUCCCGGCCAGGACGUGGACACCUUUUACGAUGACUCUGACCUUGCACCCAAAGGCUCUCAGGAGUGUGCAAGCGAUGAAUGCUGCAUCUGGAAGUACAUUGCCGACGACAUGGCUAGGCAAAUGGUGGGAAGCGCUGGCCGGUGCAACAGCGUCGCUCGCGGCGCCAUCCGCCUCGGCUUUCAUGACGCCGCCGCUUGGUCCAAGUCGACGGGUGGCACCGGCGCUGAUGGCUCCAUCAUCCUCGCCAACGAGUGCUUGACGCGCGACGACAACAAGGGCCUCGAAGAGAUUUGCGGGAUUAUGUCGAGCUGGCAUGCCAAGUACAAGAAGUAUGGCGUCAGCAUGGCCGAUAUGAUCCAAAUGGCCUCGAAUGUCGGCACUGUCUCGUGCCCCCUCGGCCCUCGCGUCCGCACUUUUGUCGGCCGCAAAGACUCGACUACUCCCGCCGUCAAGAAACUCCUUCCUGAUCCCUCCGACAGCUCUACCAAGCUCUUCAAGCUUUUCGCGGACAAGUCAUUCACGCCCGCCGGCCUUGUGGCUCUGAUGGGUGCCCACAGCACCAGCCAGCAGCGCUUUGUCGACCCCUCCCGUGCCGACUCGCCUCAAGACAGCACGCCGGGAACGUGGGACAUUGCCUUCUACCAGCAGACCCUCAACCCAAACGCGCCGCCCGCCGUGUUCAAGUUCCAGAGCGACAUCAACGUAUCCCUGGACCCGGAGACUAACGAUGUGUGGAGAAUGUUCGCAGCUGGACCGCGUGGUCAGGCGGUGUGGAACCAGGCCUACGCAACCGAGUACGUCCGCAUGUCCCUCCUCGGCGUCAACAACAUCAAUGACUUGACCGAGUGCACAAAGGUCCUGCCGCCGUUCCGCCCGGCCUUUGAACAGCCUGACCAGGACCUGCUUGACAAGGUCAUGAGCUCCGUCCUCAGCUCUGACGCUAUUAAACAGGCAUUGGAGAAGGGCGACAAGAUCCCUCCCGCCGCGUUGUCAACGCCCUAG